GCCGAGAAGCAAUGCAUUCAAUGAAGUUCUACGUCAGGCGUCUCGAAAGGUAUUCGCGAAAGCGUGUGGUGCCUGAGCGCGGAGGCCGUGACGCCUCUCCGCGUUCCAAAAACGGUGCUCCGGCCAAUCCGAUACAUUCUCGCGCGACGUCGGGUGCUGUGAUUCGUGGCCUGACACUCUCUGGCACGCGGAGAUGAUGGGUGGAGAGACCAUCGCACAGCCUUCUCGUGACAUAGGCUUCCCCGCACAAGGCUGCUGCAGUAUAUACUUCCAAACACUUCCGCUGCUUGGACGUUUUCGAGGUACAACCUGUUUCAAGCAACCAUCGAACCCCACACUCAAGACAUUCGACACAGAUACCGCUCUUGGCUUAAGCCUAAAGCAUCGACAAGAGAAAAGUCCAACUGAAUCCAACAUAUAAACGAUAUCAUCCACAACGAUCACAACUUCAAUCGGCAAUCCAUCGGACCAUUUGAACCACAAUGCCUUUCUCUCGAUUCACACCACUUCUCCGCCAGAGGCUCUUCACCACAUCUACAAGGUCCCGCAACGCUAUCGCUAUUGGUGAUGUUGCAGCCGAGGAGCUAGCGGCAGCCUCCAAGGCUGUUCCUAAGCUUGGAAAGAUUGCCAGAUGGUAUCUUCCCUCGAUGGCCGUUGCUGCUGUGGGCAUGAUGUACAUUCCAAGCAGCGUAUACUUGCCUCGCGUCGAACCAAAGCCUCGUUCCGUCACUCUGGAUGCUGCCAGGCGACACAUCGGUUACACCAUUGGCUCUGACCUCAACGAAUCUAAUCGCGCCGUCCACGUGCCUAUCGAGCUCACUCAGGAGGAAAAGAACCAGCAGCUCAUGAAUCUCUUUGGCGAGCGUUCCAGCCUCGAAGAUAUGGAGCGUGCUAUCGCUGGCCUGGAGGCUCGUGCCACUAGCCAGAAAGACAGGAACGCAGCUCUUGAGGCAGCAUAUGGCGACAGGAGCAGCAUCAAGGAUCUUGAGAGGGCCAUGCAGAUCUACGAAGUCCAAUGAUUACAUUAAGAAAGGUGUAUGAAUAAAGCUGAAGAAACCACCGCGCCGCUUCUGAUGGAAGAGUACGGCGCACCGAAGGGAGAGGGAAACCACAGUGCGCGCAAGAUGCUGCAGGUCACACCGCAAGGGCGUGAGAAGACCGUCGCAAUAAUCUUCAAGACGCUCGAUACCAAUCCCUCGAGAAGUGAAGGAGGAAAGAGAUAUGCGAUUCGCAUCAGAACAGGGGUAGGGCGCAGUGUGAAGGACAGUCUGUCUAGGAGAAAGCUACAGAGUCACGAAAUACAUCAGUUUAGCAUAGCGAAACAUAUCGUUUGUUCAAUAACAAA